GCCUGGCGGGGCGGGACUCUGCCUGCGACGGUGGUGUUGGGUGCAUCCUGCGCCACGUGACCGCCUCCCAGCCAACCAAUGGAGGAGCGAGGCGGAAAAUUUCGAAUGUGGCGGCGGUAGUUCCAGGCGACGGCGGACGGUGGUACGGUCCUGGAGGGCCCAGUGCGCGGGGCUAGCCGUGGCUGGAGAGCUUCGAAGAGCCUUGAAAUGUGAGGAGGAGGAAGAUAGCUGUUGCAGAAGUAGUGGCCAAGGUAUCGUUCUGGACGCGCCUGCGGCAGGAGGGUCGCCGCGUCCACUUCCGCCAGCCCCACCUCCCCUCGCCUUCCUGGAGUCCCUGAAAGAGGAAGAAGUAGGUUUUAAGGUGCGAAACAACGGCGUAGUGAUCCCUGUUUGACUUCCCUUCGGUUUUCAGUAUCGUUCUAAAUUCGGUGGCCGAAAGCUCGGGCUGUGGAGUCCCACUCGCCGCGCUUUUCGCCGUUCAGCCACUCGAUCUGCGCUUUCAGAUGUUCCGGCUUCCAUGGAGACCCUAAUUUCCUACUUUGCAAAAUUGUGUAGAUUAAGUGAUGUGCAAAUAAAGCUUUUACAAUAGCUAAAAGCCUGGCUCAACGUAAGGACACAAGAAAAUUGACAGCAGUUCUUUGUGCAGCGUGAUACCGUUGACGUCUUCCUUGUCCAGGCCAUUCUCUUCCUCACUUACCCUGGAGAGGCCGGCACUGACUAGUAUCCUACCUGGCUGUCUUCGCAGCAGGACUAAUUGGAGAAUUAUGGACGGAGAUCAAAUAUGCUAGGUUCUUUAAAUCCAGAGCGCUUACACGAGUACUGUACAGAUUGAGGCCGUCAUCUCACGCUGUGGUCUGUCUUUGCUUUCAUCCCUUCUGUCUACCACACCCCCUGCUAAUAACCAUCGCCUUAUUUAGACAGGAUAUAAAACUUUUGAUAUGGCAAAAGAUGGCCAAGGAAAGAUGCCUGAAAAAGUCCUUUCAAGAUAGUCUUGAAGACAUAAAGAAGCGAAUGAAAGAGAAAAGGAAUAAAAACUUGGCAGAGAUUGGCAAACGCAGGUCUUUUAUAGCUGCACCAUGCCAAAUAAUCACCAACACUUCUACACUGCUGAAAAAUUACCAAGACAACAACAAAAUGUUAGUUUUAGCUUUGGAAAAUGAAAAAUCCAAAGUGAAAGAAGCCCAAGAUAUCAUCCUACAGCUGAGAAAAGAAUGUUACUAUCUCACAUGUCAGCUAUAUGCAUUGAAAGGAAAACUUACAUCACAACAAACAGAAGAACCUGCUCAGAACCAGGAAAUAUGUCCCUCUGGAAUGGACCCCAAUAGUGAUGACAGCUCCAGAAAUUUAUUUGUGAAGGAUUUACCGCAAAUUCCUCUUGAAGAAAGUAAACUUCCAGGACAAGGAGAAUCAUUUCAAAUAGAAGAUCAGAUACCUACUAUUCCUCAAGACACACUGGGAGUUGAUUUUGAUUCAGGUGAAGCUAAGUCUACUGAUAAUGUCUUACCUAGAACUGUAUCUGUUCGUAGCAGUUUAAAGAAACAUUGUAACAGUAUAUGUCAGUUUGAUAGCUUGGAUGAUUUUGAAACCAGUCAUUUGGCAGGGAAGUCUUUUGAAUUCGAAAGAGUUGGAUUUUUAGACCCACUAGUAAACAUGCACAUACCUGAAAAUGUACAACACAAUGCUUGUCAAUGGAGCAAGGACCAAGUUAACUUAUCACCAAAGCUGAUUCAGCCAGGAACGUUUACUAAAACAAAAGAAGACAUUUUAGAAUCUAAAUCUGAACAAACUAAAAGUAAGCAAAGAGAUACACAAGAAAGAAAAAGAGAAGAGAAAAGAAAAGCUAACAGGAGAAAAUCAAAACGUAUGUCAAAAUAUAGAAAGAAUAAAAGCGAAAAUAAAAAAACUGUUUCCAAAAAAAAAAUGCACAAAUCUGUCAGUUCCAAUGAUGCUUACAAUUUUAAUUUGGAAGAGGGUGUUCAUCUUACUCCUUUCCGACAAAAAAUGAGCAAUGACUCUAAUAGAGAAGAAAACAACGAGUCUGAAGUGAGCCUCCGUGAAUCAAGUGGUUCAGGAGAUGAUUCCGAUGACCUCUAUUUGCCCACUUGCAAGUACGUUCAGAAUCCCACGAGCAAUUCAGAUAGACCAGUCACCAGGCCUCUAGCUAAAAGAGCACUGAAAUACACAGAUGAAAAAGAGACGGAGGGUUCUAAGCCAACAAAAACUCCUACCACUACACCACCUGAAACUCAGCAGUCACCUCAUCUUAGCCUGAAGGAUAUCACCAAUGUCUCCUUGUAUCCUGUUGUGAAAAUCAGAAGACUUUCUCUUUCUCCAAAAGAGAAUAAAGCAAGCCCAGCAGUGGCUCUGCCUAAACGUAGGUGCACAGCCAGCGUGAACUAUAAGGAGCCCACCCUCGCUUCGAAACUGAGAAGAGGGGACCCUUUUACAGAUUUGUGUUUUUUGAAUUCUCCUAUUUUCAAGCAGAAAAAGGAUUUGAGACGUUCUAAAAAAAGUAUGAAACAAAUACAAUGAAGGUUUUGUUGGAUAUUGUUUAAAUUCAAUCUACACCUCUUUCUGUUGCUUCAGGAGAGGAUCUGUAAGAGUACACAAACAGAGUGAGCCAUUGCCAUAGAAUAUUCUCUUGACAGGACCCUAGCUCAUAAACAUUUCUUCAGAACUAUACUUCAAAUGGGAUGCUUUGUAUUAAAACUUUAAUAAAUUUAAUUUAUUUUUUCUUUUGAAUAUAAAUGAGCUUAAGCAUUAUCAUCAUAUAGAUUUCUUAUGCUGCCUAAACCUCUUAAUUUUAGUCGAAAUAUAUCUUUUUUUUUUUUUUUGGAGGCGGAAUUUCAUUCUUGUUGCCCAGGCUGGAGUGCAAUGGCACGAUCUCAGCUUACCGCAACCUCCGCCUCCCAGGUUCAAGCGAUUCUCCUGCCUCAGACUCCCGAGUAGCUGGGACUAUAGGCGUGUGCCACUAUGCCCGGCUAAUUUUGUAUUUUUAGUAGAGACAGGGUUUCUCCAUGUUGGUCAGGUUGCUCUCGAACUCCCAACCUCAGGUGAUCUGCCUGCCUCGGCCUCCCAAAGUGCUGGGAUUACUGAGCCACUGUGCCCAGCCCAAAAUGUAUCUUAUACAAACAUUGUAGAAAUGAAUAAUGAUUACUCAAAUUAAGAUCUUUUAAUUAUAAGCUUCUGGCAUCUCUAUUUUUCCCUUAAGUAGGGGAUACUAAAGUGAAUGAUUUUCUAAGAGGAUCUUUUGAAACUCUUUAGUACAAUAUUUGAGUAAAAUAAAUUAUUGUGGAUCUUUCGAAACUCUUUGUAGUAUUCCAGUAAAAUAAAUAUUUGACAUUUACAGUAGGGUACACCCUAAGUUGUUUAUGAAUUCCUUAUACCACUGUUGUAUUUAAUUUUUCAGAUAAAAUAUGUAUGGGAAAAUGACUAGAGAAAUUGAUUCUUUUUUAGGCUCGGGGACAAGAUAAGUGACUAAUUGUGAACCCCAAGCUCUAAUUGUAUGUUCAGAGUGAUGUCUCCAUAAAAUUACAAAUGUCAUGUACUUUCAGGGUAGCUCCUUAUUUAGUCAGAAAUCUCAAAGAUUAAAUGUGUGAAUAUUUAGGGUUUUUGCAUAUUUUUGACCAACCAAUGAAAGCGAAUUAGUUCAGUUUAGAAAGUUUGAUGUCUAUACUUGUAUAUACCUCUUUAAAUUUUAGAACUUUGUAGGUUAUUCAUUUUUAAAGAGCAAUAAAGUUUGUAUAAGAUAGUGA